UUCAACAAGUGAUUUUAUAACAUAGUUAAUUUGGAUACUGUACGUACAAGUCAAUAUGGAAGUAUUAAAUUCAUCUAAUUCAUCGUCGGUUGUAGUGAAUGAACAUCUUCAGGUUAAAAAUGUCACCGCAUACGACAUAAUCGACAACGAGCAGGUUCAAGCGUUAUUCUUUAUAGUGUAUACUACGAUAUUUGUGCUUGGAAUAUUUGGAAACUUACUCGUGUGUUACGUGGUACUACGAAAUAAAGCAAUGCAAACGGUUACAAAUUUAUUCAUAGCAAACUUGGCUCUCUCUGAUAUAUUCUUGUGUACAUUGGCCGUGCCUUUUACACCAUUAUAUACAUUUUUGGGCCGUUGGGUGUUUGGAGAACUAAUUUGUCACUUGGUUUCUCACGCACAAGGAAUAAGCGUUUACAUUUCUACCCUAACCCUUACGUCAAUCGCCAUCGACAGAUACGUUGUUAUUAUUUACCCCUUUUAUCCGAGAAUGAAACUCAUUACCUGCCUAAUCAUUAUUGUAUGUAUCUGGUUAUUUUCUGUCCUUGUCACUUUGCCAUACGGCAUAUUCAUGCGUCUUACGUCCACAAGCUCGAAGAAUUUUUGCGAAGAAGACUGGCCUUCUGAAAACCACAGGAAAAUUUUCGGCGGCUUAACAACCCUUAUGCAAUUUGUCAUACCGUUCUUUGUCAUAGCUUUCUGUUAUAUUCGAGUGUCGUCCCGUUUGAACGAUAGAGCUAAAUCUAAACCAGGAUCUAAGAGUUCCAAAAAGGAGGAAGCUGAUAGGGAACGGAAGAAACGCACCAAUCGAAUGCUCAUCGCAAUGGUUGGAAUAUUUCUCUUUUCGUGGUUACCACUGAAUUGCAUUAACAUUAUCAAUGACUUUCACGAACCUUCCGUAGGUUGGAGGUUUUAUUAUCUUGCGUUCUUCUUCGCACAUGCUUUAGCAAUGUCUUCUACAUGCUACAAUCCGUUCCUUUACGCCUGGUUGAAUGAAAAUUUCCGGAAAGAAUUUAAGCAAGUACUCCCCUGUUUCGACACAGACGUAGUGAGGAUUCCAAUAGGGAACAUCCCCAACUGGAAGACCGGAAGGACAUGCAACGGAAAUAACGAGACUCAACAAGAAUCUUUGUUACCGUCUGGAGUACAUACUACGUCAUCGGCACUAACACAGAGGUCAGUUAUGGCCAACCCGAGAACUGAUGGGAUAGAAGUGGAGAGCGUUAUGGCGUCAGCAGUCGGAGUGAUGUACGAUCCUACUGCUGAAACGGUUCGUUUGCACCUGAUAUCUGAAGAAGGGAAAAGUCAAUAUGAUCUCAGCUCUACAUAAGGUAAGAUUAUAUAUAACUUUGCUAGCUGACA